AUGUAUUGUCUGCUCAAACACUUGAUAGAUGGUCUCCUCCUUAGCGACUAUGGCAUCGAAGAGGGCUCAACUCUACUCCUAGCACUCAGGCUUUCUUGUGUUCAUGGGCGUAAUUGUCCGUGUCUUCCUCCUAAGCGCAAAACGGCGCCUCGGCCCGAGACUGGACAGGCUGAAAUGGCUUUUCCCUUUGGUGGUGGACUAUUUCAAGAGUCAAACGCGGUCUCCUUCAAUGUUCAGAUCCUCAACAGCGCCACUUUCACUGCAAUCACUGGUCGCGAUCCGCCUUCAACUCCAGUCUCAGCAGCAGUCUACCAAGAGCUUGGUCUCCCGUUCUAUGAUCUCUACGAAGAACCCAGCCGUGUCUCUGGUGUAUUUUCUGGUCUGAAAUCCAUCGCUCAGAUUGAGGGUACUCCCAAGAAAGCAUUGGACAACCUCUCCCUCAUUGAAGCUGAAACUAGAGAACCGGCGAAUAAAUAUAAAAAUGGCAAAGGCAAAACUGGCGACAAUCCAGCUCAUACUACGGCUCAGAAGACGCAUGGCGAUACCAGUGAUCCGAAAGUGGGAAGCAUUGGGCUUCUUGACCCUCGAGCUCCUGAUUUGGAGGUUCGAUUUGCCUGGGACGUGGAGGCAGAGACUGAUACAGAGAUUUGA